UAUUAGUAUUCUGAUACUCCACUAUGCAGACAUGCACGAACCAAUUGAAAAACAAUAAUCCAAUUAGAUAAUUUUAGCCAAGUCCAUCCUCCUCGGAAGUCAGAUCCACUUACCCCGCGCCACUCCGCCACUCGUCGUCUCAUCCCCGCUCGCCGCCGAUGAGCCGUCGCCGUCGCCCAUGCAUGGAUGACGACAAGCUCUGCACCGCCGUGGCGCACGUCGCGUUCCCGGACGGAAACCUGUUCACUUUCCCGGACAUGAAGCCCCAUCGCGACGAUGACGGCGACACCGCCGGCUACCUCGCCGCGUGCGGCGAGUGGCUCCUCUUCGCCGACGACGAGUACGACGUCCUCCGCCUGAGCAGCCCGCUGACGGGGGAGACCAUGCUGCUCCCCGGCCUCGUCGACGGCGUCCGUGUCCGCGACGAGCCGGUGGUGGUCGUCAAUGAUCUGGCCCAGUCUGGCUCGGCGCCGCGCCGGUGGAGGGACAGCGAGGAGAUGUCCGUGCUGAAGGUGGUCGUGUGUCCGGGCUGCUCCGGGGUCAUCGCCGCCAUUGUUGGGCGCGAGCACUUCGCCAAGGUCGCGCUCUGCACGCCGGAGGGCUUCGCGUGGUCGAUCAGCGCGCACGACCGGUGGCGGUGGUACGACGACAUGGCGUUCCACGACGGGAGGGUGUACGCGCUCACCCAGGACGAGGACCUCCUCGCCUUCGACGUCGGCUACGCGGACGCCGGCGAGCCCGUGGUUACCCGCGUCGAGCGCGUCAUCGCCCGCGCCGUCGAGGACCUGGACGUCGAGACCCGGAUGCGCUACCUCGUCACGUCGCUCACCGGCGCGCUGCUGAUGGUCCGCCGCGAGAUGCCGGACGCCGGGAGGACGGGCGGGUUCGGGGUGUUCGAGGCCGACCUCGCGGCGUCGCGGUGGGUGGAGGUGGACCGGCUGGACGCCGGCGGCGAGGCGCUGUUCGUCGGCAGGCUGUGCUCCAGGGCCGUGCGCGCGCCGCACGGCGGCGCCGACCAGAUCUUCUUCCUCGACGACGCGGACGGCCUCUCGUUCCGGACGGAGCUCCAGCCGCGGCCGCCCUACCAGGUCGCCGCGUACGACAUGGUCCGGCGCACGUUCAGCCAGCUCAUGCGGCGGCAUCCGAUAGAGGACGGGAGCACGCCGGUGACAUGGCUCUUCCGCGACGACGGUGACCACCCCGGCGGACUGCCCAAGUGAUCUGUCGAGCGAGAGCACGUACGUAGAUGCAAAUUGCAUGCAAUAAGAUGGUUAGGAUGAUGUGCUAAUUUACUCUUUUUUUUGGAUAAAAUAGAUGGUUAGAUGGAUCAUUUAGAACAUCAUAACUGAUUAACUCAACUUUGGAGCA